AUGAGCGGAGGAGGACGGUAUUCUGCUGCGGUCCUGCAACAGCUGACUGCCCGAGCACUCUGCCCAGUGCCUCCAGGAACAAAGGGGAGAAGGACUGCCACCCGAAAUAAAUGUUAAUAAAACCGCGAGCUGCUUAAAGGAGCAGGGCGCCGCGAGGACACGACAUGAGGCACGCAGUCGCACCGACAGAAAACGUGGAAAAUAAUUGUUUGGCAGUGACAGAGCUUUUAAAGAUAUGCACCCAUUGUGAACGGCUGAGCAAAAAGGACUUGGGAGUAAGGAUCCCAAGACCUCUGGGCAACGGACCAAGCAGAUUUAUCCCUGAAAAAGAGAUUCUUCAAGUAAGUAAAGUGGACGCCCGGACACAGUCAAUAUUUGAGGAUGCGUUUGCAGCCCUCGGUCGUCUGGACAAUAUUUCCCUCGUGAUGGGCUUCCACCCUCAGUACCUGGAGAGUUUUCUCCGGACGCAGCACUACCUGCUGCAGAUGGACGGACCCCUGGCUUUGCACUACCGACACUACAUCGGCAUCAUGGCGGCAGCUCGGCACCAGUGUUCCUACCUGGUCAACCUGCACGUGAACGACUUCCUCCAGGUCGGCGGCGAUCCCAAGUGGCUGAACGGCCUGGACGAAGCCCCGCACAAGCUGCAGCAGCUCGGAGAGCUCAACAAAAUCCUGGCCCACCGGCCCUGGCUCCUCACCAAGGAACACAUCGAGGGCCUUCUGAAGGCCGAGGAGCACAGCUGGUCGCUGGCGGAGCUCAUCCACGCUGUGGUCCUCCUCACGCACUACCACUCCCUCGCCUCCUUCACCUUCGGCUGCGGCAUCGCGCCCGAGAUCCACUGCGACGGCGGACACACGUUCAGACCCCCCUCCCUCAGCCAGUACUGCGUGUGUGACAUCGCCAACGGCAACGGCCACGCUAAUCAUCACGACGACCUGCUCGGCAACCAGGACAUAUGUGGCGAGGUGGAGGUGCUGAUGGAGAGGAUGAAGCAGCUGCAGGAGUGCCGCGACGACGAGGAGGCCAGCCAGGAGGAGAUGGCCACUCGCUUCGAGCGGGAGAAGACCGAGAGCAUGCUGGUGGUCACGGCGGAGGACGAGGAGUGCGUCCCCUCCAGGGACAUCUCCCGUCACUUCGAGGACCCCAGCUACGGCUACAAGGACUUCUCCAGGAGGGGGGAGCACGUGCCCACGUUCAGAGCGCAGGAUUACAGCUGGGAGGACCACGGCUUCUCUCUGGUCAACCGGCUGUAUCCCGACGUCGGUCAGAUGCUGGACGAGAAGUUCCAGAUGGCCUACAACCUCACCUACAACACCAUGGCCACGCACAAGGAUGUGGACACCAGCAUGCUGCGCAGGGCCAUCUGGAACUACAUCCACUGCAUGUUUGGCAUCAGGUAUGACGACUAUGAUUACGGGGAGAUAAACCAGCUGCUGGACCGUAGCUUUAAGAUCUAUAUUAAGACUAUGGUGUGUAGUCCAGAGAAGACCACCAAACGAAUGUAUGAGAGUUUCUGGAGGCAGUUUCAGCACUCCGAGAAGGUCCACGUUAAUCUGCUUCUUAUGGAAGCGCGGAUGCAAGCAGAACUGUUAUACGCUCUGAGAGCGAUCACCCGCUACAUGACAUGAAGUGCUUUUGGCGUUGUUUUUUUUUUUUUUUUUUUUUUUUUUUCCGUUGUCUUUUUACUGUCGUUCUUUCUCGUUAUGGGACACUCAAAAAAAAAAUAGAAAAAAAAUCAAAGGGGGGGAUUUGAGGGAAGAGAGGCCCUGGGUUGUGACUGAACUUGUUGUUUGGAUGUUCAGAAGAGGAUCAGAACAAACGGAAAGAAAGAAAAUAAACCGGCUCCCGGCAGAAAACUCAUCUCAAACUACAAGCGGAUGAUGCACAGACUCCGGUUUGUGUUGCCAUGCAGUGCCAAAACUGACCAAGAGAGGGCAGGCCGGGAGAGGCUCCUGCCGGGCCUGAGCACUGACACCACAGGCAUCCAGGACUACGUUUCAGUAUUCCAGCAUGCAGCACGUCGGUUGCCAAUCUCUUCUGCUCGGUGGCAGAGCGACGACCCCGAGAACCUCCCCCCCCCCCCGGAAUGAAAGCUGUGCAGUCUGCAUAUCGAUCCUGUCAUCACUGUUCUGUUUAGUUUCUUUAAUGUCUUUUUAUUGCUUUUUGUAUCACAAGAAGUGGACGUUGUUGUUGUUGUUGGUGAUGUUGAUGUGGUCACUGUCGGUGGUAACUGGAGACGAACGCAUUAACUUUUUGGGCAGUGUUGUUUUUUGUUUUUUUUUUUGUUUUUGUUUGUUUUCAACGUGUGCCUGAACUAUCCAGCACAGUGUGCAUAACGUGCUGAUGCUGCUGCUCCCAUGUUGUAUUCAGGGGGUCAUAUUGACCCCACCUCAAACACCCCCCCCACCCCCCACCCCACCCAAUUCCACCCCAACCCCAUUAACAUAAGCCCCUGUCCAUUUAGAAAUUCACUGCAUUACCUCCCCUCCACUCUUCCCUCUUUUGUCCCUGCCCCUCAUCCCCAAAUCUCAAAUGUCAAUGUAAGCUAAUCCGAGGAGAGAAGUGGAGGAAAACUCAAAAGAACACUGUCUGAGCCCGUUUUGGUUUUUUUUGAGUCGGACUGUAUCUGUGUGAAUGUGUUCAUGAUGACUGAGGAAUGGCUGUUUGUGUGCAUUUCAAAGAAAUGACCGAGAGGAAAAAGUUUUUUGGAAUUUCACGUGUCAAAAAGAUUAAAAAAAAAAAAAAAAAAAGACAAACAAACAAAAAAAAAAGCGAGGCACUUUGAAGGAAAGACUUCUUGCUUCUGCUGUAGCUCUGUUAUUGUGAGGUAACUAUCAUUUGUUGUUGUUGUUGAUGAUGAUGUCUUUAUUUUCUGGUAAUGGAAAUGCAAAAAAGAAAAAAAACAAUGAAAAAAAAGAAGAAAAGCUAAUCAAAAAGAAAGUUAGAAACCAGGUUUUCCAGGAGGGAUUUGCUUCCGGUUGCCCUAACCACACCGUAUCUGUCUUCCGCUUAUCCCAGCCGCCUGGUCGCCCUAACACUUUUCAAAGCUUUGGAUUGUGAAUUUUACCAGUAAACAAAUACCUCUUGUUUUUUUUUUUUUUUUCAAUGAAACGUUUAAGAAGUGCUCUUUCGUGAGCAGAGACUCUUUUCAGGGCUGCUCGGGGGUCCGGCAGCCCCACGCAGGGCCGACAGCGGGCGAUUAGCUUUCGAACGCAAAAUGUUGUAGCUGUGCUUUUUUUUUUUUUUUUUUCUCCUCUGGGGAAGUCUAACCAGUGCAAAAGCAGCUUUUUUUCUUAAAAGAAAAAAAUUUAAACAGAGGUGUGAAAUCCUCCUGUUUUCUUUUUUUUUUUUGUUUACUAAAAUCAGUAAAGUACUGCAUUCUUCUAACGGUGGAUGGGGAGAAUCAAGAAGUGAAGACUGAGCAGGAGGAGGAGGAGAUACAGGAAUGGUACAUUUGGAAGUGGUUUGAGAAGAAUUGGAGGCUUUUUCUUUUUCAAACUUCUGACUGAUGUCAGUUACUGACACUUUUUAUAUUAAAAAAAAUCAUUAAAAUGAUGGAAAAA